CUUGUUGCGGAAAUUCUGGAUCGUGCUCUUAAUUUGGACUGGUGCCAGCAUACCUCGCGUAGCUAGAAAGUCAAUAUAGGUUUAUUCAAUUCGGCAGAAGCUUCCUUUGUGGAGGCAGAAAGAAAGCUGGCCUGUCCUCUUUAUUUUGGCCAACCCUACUGAUUUUAAUCUCAGGGAUUCGUUGCUGCUUCACUUGCUACCAAGUUAACUUUCCCACCUUGGCUUUCCUGUAUCUUGACACCGACGACCAGAUGCUGCUGGCGUGAGCCUAUCGUUUUGCUGUGGCAAACCGGAUUGUCUGUGAUUGGAACUGAAUAGAGAGAGUCUUUGAAUGGCUGUGCGUGUGGUGUUGUGAGUCCCUCAGCUGUGGCUUUCUCCCCAGCUGAUAAUUCCCUGGGCAAGCCUACUGCUGCAAACAAGGCAACCGUGGAAAAAACUCCAUAAGUGCAAAACAAAACAGUAAGGUUGCAAGUAUCUUGGGCAGGCGUAGAAAAUAAUUGGCAGGUAGAUUCACAAAGCUAAGAAAAUUCAGGAGCUGCCACCUUGACAUUCUGCUGCUAUAAUUUAAUAUCCGAGGGGAUCAUUUGAAAGAAUGGAAGAGGCAGAAGAAAAACAAAGUACUUUGGAGGUAACUGCUGAUGUUCGCCAUGAGAGCCUCAGUUGCAAGACCUUUCCAUACCUGCUGAUAAAAAUGAUCAACAAGUCUCGAUGGAAGAUACUUGGAAUAUUGGCCGUAUUUUUGGUGAUGGUCUGGUAUACGAUAUCCCGGGAAGAAAGGUAUAUACCGCUUUUUGAUUUCCACUUCCAAGAUGAAAAGAUGACUUGUCCUUUCAAAGAGGUAGAAAAGAAAGCCGCGCAACUGAUUUCAAAUUACACACGGGAACCUCCACUCUUUUUACACCUAAAGGAUUAUUUCUGGGUGAAGACCCCCUCCCUUUAUGAACUGCCUUAUGGUACAAAAGGAACAGAGGAUAUUCUCCUUCGUCUCCUAGCAAUCACAACUUAUUCUCUCCCAGAAAACUUUCAAAGCUUGGAGUGCCGGCGAUGUGCAGUAAUUGGGAAUGGUUACCGGCUGAGAAACAGCUCCAUCGGAGAAGUCAUUAACAAAUACGAUAUUGUGAUCAGGCUGAACAAUGCGCCAGUCCGCGGUUACGAGCGUGACGUGGGCACCAAAACCACCAUGCGUCUUUUCUACCCCGAGUCAGCCCACUUCAAUCCUCAGACCGACAACAACCCGAACACGUUGUUUGUCUUAGUGGCGUUCAAACCCAUGGAUUUUUUGUGGAUGGAGACCAUUCUCCAUGACAAGAAGAGAAUUCGGAAGGGUUUCUGGAAGCAGCCUCCUAUCAUUUGGAAUGCAAAUCCCAAGCAAGUACGGAUUCUGAACCCGUAUUUUAUGGAGGUUGCAGCUGCUAAAGUGCUUAAGCUCCCAAUGAAACACUUGUGGAAGCUUAGAGAGAAACCAACCACAGGAUUAGUGGCUAUCACUCUUGCCUUGCACUUUUGCGAUGUGGUCGAUAUCGCUGGCUUUGGAUACCCCAGCUCGGAUGACAAGAAGCAGAGUAUUCACUACUACGAGCAUAUCACGGUGAAAUCUAUGGCUUCUUCAGGGCACAAUGUCUCGCACGAGGCAUUAGCAAUAAAACAGAUGCUUGAAUUGGGAGUCGUCAAGAACCUCACUUACUUCUGAUGUAAGAGGGACAGCCGUUACGUUCACGUCGAGCAGGACAAGGCCCUCUGUGGCUGGCCCUUUCUAACAUGUCGCCGUCCCUUCCACUCCAAUGCUGACUGCUGGUGCAGAGGCCCUCGCAGUUCCCCGCAAAUGGGGAUCAGGCUGGAUGGAAGUGUACGGCUUCUAAGCGUGUUGGCAGCUAGGAGUAAGAAGCAUCGCUGUAGAGAACCUGGGUGACACCAUCCGUUGGAAGCAGGAGUUUUCCUUCCUUCUGGGGCACUGCCCUCCACGGAAUCUUCUUCGCUUGGGCGGUGGCAGAAUUCCCUUUGGCAUCCAACCGAGAGGUCCCUGCGUUCACCAGAGGCGCCUUUGGAAGGUCAAAGCUAGGAUUGCCGUUGAUGGGCCUCAAAGAAGAUACCAACACAGUUUCCCACAGUGAUAAAGUGAUCGUCCCAUAAAGUGGUUUCAUUAAUCAUUUCUCCCUUCCUCUGCAGUAGAGGGGGUGGUUGUUUGUUAUUUUAUUUAUCCUAUUGGAUGUUGCCUAAUGGGCAAGAGGCAACCGAAUGAAGGAUUAUAUAGCUGCCCGCCACCCUGUUUCCCCGUUUAGAUGAAGACGAGACAAAGAAUGUUGGUUCAAGUCCCCCGGGAAAUUCAUCUCUUACAGAUGCCCAGCAGAACACGAUGAAGGAUGGUAGAGGAGAUAGUGAAGUUUAUUCCUCUCCCAUCUGAUUGGUUGGUUUUUAGAGACUACGAUGGAAAGAAGAAUACCCGACAGUAUUCGCCGAUAGUUUUUAUACCUAAAACAGUAGAGUUGAACGGAUGUUUUAUUAUUAUUAUUUUUUCUGGGCAAAGUGUGGAAAAGAAAAAAUCCUUCUGUGAAGGACGUGCUUGUUGCCCGACUAAGCGCAUCUCUGAUCUUAAAUGUAAUGGAUGGGGGGGUAGAUAUCUUUCCUUCCCAUCAAGUGGGGAUGACAGCCAGAAUCGACCGACGAUGCGAAAGGGCUAUCCUGCUAUCCAAAGUUAAGCAGGAAAGGAAGGGCAAAGAAAGGUAAGAGAAGAAGGAAAAGGGGGGCAUCUCCAUAUGGAGAAGGAAAUGGGCAAAACCCGGAGCUGCACAGCAAUUUUGCUUGACUGUCCCACGCUUAGGAAGGAGAAGGAGGUUAUCAUCGGAGAUUGGCUAAUCUCAAGGCCCUCAAAGGGUUGUUUUGAAGGAAGUUGCCUUUUCAUAGAGGCAGGGGAGGGCAAGGGAGUCCAGGCAUUUCAGAUGUGCCAGUCUGGUUAGGAUUGGGGGGGUCGUAUUCUCUUCUUCCCCUUUAAUCUCCAACCCGGGGGUCAAAAAGUGUAUUUACAGCUGUUAACAUUAAGUGCACUUGUCCAAUUGAUAUAUUGGAAACCUGGCAAUCUUCUGUUUCUCCUCCGGGAGGGAACCCGACCACGUCAAGGUACAAGACCACAAGACCAACUCGCCGUUAUACCACCUCCAUGUACUUGUGCAGCCAAACGUGCCUUAGCCAUCUUCACAAGUGCCCGGCUUUUGAGAGGGGGUGGGGGGGCUGCUGGCGAUGCAAACUCCAGCGGCUGAGGCCAUCUGAUCCAUUGCUAAGAAGAUGGAUUGCUCCGAAGGGCUGACCCUGGAUUUGACAGCUGAGAUAGAUUUCCAGAUUCCUCCUUGGAAAUCAGGAGGAAGGAGGGAUUGCUUGUUAAAUGGCGAUUCUGAGGAAGGGGGGGGGGCGUUGAAUCCCACAUUGUUGGAAGUGUCUUUCCUGGCCAAGUGAUACAGCAGUGUUAAGUAAUUUAAUAAAUUUAAUUUAAAACAGCC